AUGUCUCUAGUUUUUUCUUUAAUUAACAUGAAAAUAAUAUUCGUUCUGUGCUUAUUAAUCGCGAUUGAACCUAGACUCCGGCAUGUUGUUGGCGUCCAAGGUUUCGGGCCGGGCUUCUUGGGUGGUUUGGGUGUCCAAGGAAACGGGCGGGCCUUCUCAUUUGGUUCGAACGGACAAGGUUCCGGACGGGCCUUCUCGUUUGGUUCGGGUACCCCAGGUUCUGGGCCGGGCUUCUCAUCUGGGCUGAAUAAUGGUGGGCCAUUUUUUUGGAGUUUUAAUGGGCCUGAAGCUGAUAAGUGUCUAGCAACUCUUAGAAAUACUCCAAAUUGUGUCCAAGAAAUAUUUGGGUCUUUGUUCAAAAUACCAUUUCAGUUUAUUGGGGCUCCAUUUCACUCUAUUGGGCCUCAAUGUUGCAAAGUUGUUAUAGAUAUUGAAGAUAAUUGUUGGCCCAAGAUUUUUCCGAUAAGCCCGCUUUUUCCUCUCACACUCAAAAAUCUUUGUAACUCACAAGGUCAGGGUCAGGGUCAGGGUCAGGCUCCAACUGAACAACAACCAUCAUCUCCUCCGUCUCCACCUCAACCAGAUGUGUAUCCAAAUCCACUUCCAUCAACUUCAACUUCAUCGCCGCCUCCACCUCAACCAUACUCAUACUCAUUUUCAUUUGCAAAUAAAGGAGAUUAA